AGAAAGGAAUGAGAUCGCUCGGGAAGAUGUUUCCUCGCUCAGGAAAAUCCAUUGUCUUUGACAGCUUUCCAGAUCCAUCUGACACAUGGGAGAUCAUUGAGACUAUUGGUAAAGGGACUUAUGGAAAAGUUUAUAAAGUGCUUAACAGGGUCAAUGGCAGCAAAGCCGCCGUCAAAAUACUGGAUCCAAUCCAUGAUAUUGACGAGGAAAUUGAAGUCGAGUAUAACAUCCUGAAAGCUCUCUCAGACCAUCCCAAUGUCGUCAAGUUCUUUGGAAUAUUCUACAAGAAGGACGUCAAGAACGGGGAUCAGCUAUGGCUAGUGCUAGAGUUGUGUAAUGGAGGGUCUGUCACAGAUCUGGCUAAAGGUAUGCUGAAAAGAGGAGACCGCAUGGAGGAACCCAUCAUAGCCUACAUCCUACAUGAAUCUCUCAUGGGUCUCCAGCAUUUACACAUCAAUAAAACCAUCCAUCGAGAUGUCAAGGGCAACAACAUCCUGCUCACCACAGAAGGAGGAAUCAAGCUGGUUGACUUCGGUGAGGAAUUGUGUAAUGGAGGGUCUGUCACAGAUCUGGCUAAAGGUAUGCUGAAAAGAGGAGACCGCAUGGAGGAACCCAUCAUAGCCUACAUCCUACAUGAAUCUCUCAUGGGUCUCCAGCAUUUACACAUCAAUAAAACCAUCCAUCGAGAUGUCAAGGGCAACAACAUCCUGCUCACCACAGAAGGAGGAAUCAAGCUGGUUGACUUCGGGGUAUCGGCCCAGCUUACAAACACCCGGCUACGGAGGAACACUUCGGUCGGAACGCCAUUCUGGAUGGCCCCUGAGGUCAUCGCAUGUGAGCAGCAGCUCGACUCCACGUAUGACGAGCGCUGUGACGUGUGGUCUCUGGGUAUCACGGCCAUAGAGCUGGGUGAUGGAGACCCGCCCCUUACUGAUCUUCAUCCAAUGAGAGCUCUCUUCAAAAUUCCAAGAAAUCCUCCACCCACCCUACACCAACCAGAGCUUUGGUCAAACGAUUUUAACGAUUUUAUAUGCAAGUGUCUGAUAAAGGAUUUUGAGCUCAGGCCCAAUGUGUUUGACCUUCUUCAGCAUGUCUUCAUCAAACAGAUUGUGGGCCGAGAGAAGACGCUGCAGAAGCAGCUGAUGGAGCUAAUCGACCUCAACCAACAAAUGGGCGUUAUCGAGAAAACAAGCCAUCUUGGAAUAUCUGAAAGGAGAGACAGUGAUUCCAGGCAUGAGCGGAUCCACACCAAAAAAGGCAGCUACAUGAAGUCUCAAAGUCAAACCUGUGACGACGUGGAUGAUCUGGCAACCCUAGAGGUUCUAGAUGAAAACACAAUCACUGAACAGCUACAGAGACGUUACGCAAAGGAGCAGAUCUAUACCUACGUUGGAGACAUCCUCAUAGCGGUUAAUCCAUUCCACAAAACGGAGCUGUACAUGCCGGAGCAUUCUAAGGUUUAUAUUGGAGCCAAAAGAACAUCAAACCCUCCUCAUAUAUACGCAGUUGCAGACAUCGCAUAUCAGUCCAUGGUGUCCCAUAAUGCUGAUCAGUGCAUUGUCAUUAGCGGAGAAAGCGGUGCUGGGAAAACAGAAAGUGCCCACUUAUUAGUCCAACAGCUGACCGUCCUUGGAAAGGCAAACAAUCAGACCCUCCAAGAGAAGAUUUUGCUGGUCAAUAGCCUGGUGGAGGCCUUUGGAAAUGCCUGCACUGUGAUCAAUGAUAACUCCAGUCGUUUUGGGAAGUAUCUGGAGAUGAAGUUCACCUGUGGAGGGACCGUGGUGGGAGCUCAGAUCUCAGAUUACCUGCUGGAGAAGUCUCGGGUCGUACACCAGGCCGUGUAGGA